UUUAGCACUAGUUGGUAUUGCUCGAACGUUCGUUAAAAACCGUUGAAAGUAUCAAAUAAAACCAGUGUAACUAAUAACAAUUAAAAGUGAAUUGUGCAGUGCAAAGUGCAUAUUAACGCCAGCAAAAUGUAUUUUUUGGCAGUGCUUGCGUUUAUUGGAAAUGCCAAAGAUAUCAACGCGGUGAGCUCCAGCCUCAUACAAGGCGGACAUUGCCGAGAUUACAAUGGCAAACUCUAUGAAACUGGCAUGCAUUAUAUGCCAGGACCGGACUCGUGUCGUCUGUGCAUCUGCGACAGCGGAUUGCCCAAGCAAUGCAAGAUGGUGCUCUGCGAGGCGUUCAGCAAAUGCAAAUCCUUUCAGACCGUUGGCAGUGGCAACAAUUGUUGCGAGGUCAUCUGCCUGGACGAUCAGUUUAGCGAUGGCAGCACCGAUUUUGGCAUUUGACUGGUGGCCAGUGGCAUCACGGCCACACUAUCGCUAUCCUUGCUCUUCUUCCUGGUCAAUCGACUGCGACAACGGAAAAUGCGGGCACGUGAAAAUCGCCAGAAUGCCGAAGAUCAGCGCAGCAUUGUGGGAAGCAUUGGCUACAUUGCAGGCAACAUGGGCUAUAUGGAGGGCAACUUGAGUGCCAUGGAUUAUUCUUAUGGCGGCGCCACUACUCAUUAUCCGCUUUGGAAGCCACCCAGUGGCUAUUUUCCGCGAGGCGAGGCACCACCGCCCUAUGAGGAAGCCGUAGCCAUAUCCCAGGCCGAGGCCUUGAGUGCCCAAUGCACUGUGACUUUGCCGAAUCAUUCCCAGCGUCAAACGGUGGCUAGCGUCAGUCAGCAGCAGCAGCAGGUUCAACAGCAAAUGCAGCAGCAGCAUCUACAGCAACAUACACUGCAAUUGCAUACACAACCGCAGCAACAUGCGCAUCCACACUCGGCGUAUACGCAACAAUUGGUACCCGUAACUGCAGCUCACCCAUCGCACGCCUCGCACGCUCAUCAAUUGAAUGCUGCUGCAGCUGCGGCUGCUGCUGCUGCCGCCGCACAGUCCAAUCAGUACACUCAGAGUACGACAAAUUUAAUCAACAUCAAUAUCAAUAGCGGCGGCGUAACCACAAUUGCCACUGGGGAAAAUCAUCAGCCGCCCUACAGUCUACAGAGUGAGCAGCAGCAGCAGCAGCAGUUAACAAUGGAGCAACAUCAACAACAGCAACAACAACAACAACUUCAGCAACAACAGCAGCAGCAACAGCAACAACAAUUGCAGACUGCGGUUCCCAGCAAUUCGAUUUGUGUGCAAACAUUGCCAACACCAAAGCCAAAUGUCAGCAGCGAGUGCAGCUACAAAAACUGUCACUUGAACAUCAGUGCCAGUGUCACAACUGCAGCAGCUGCCGCAAGCAGUGUUUCAAACUCGCUGGCCUAUGCAGCAGCAAGACGCACGCCACGCGGCUCGCAGGAGUUGCUGCAACAGCAACCACAACAGCAACAAUAUCUAACUGUUGCCGAUGUCGAGAUUAAUGCGAGUGCCAGUGCAGCUAGCUAUCAUUCACUACCCGCCUCGGCUGAGCUGUUGGCAACGCCUACUCAUCACAUUACACAACAGCAGCAGCAGCAACAUCAACAACAGCAGCAACAGUUGCUGGCAGCCGCGUUAUCCACGCCCGCGAUAGACAUGUUGCCACCAUUGGAGAUAGCCACCAUAGCAGCAGCAGCGCCAGCGUGCAGCACAGCGGAUUCAGUUACACAAACACUGCCAAUGCCACUGCAUGCUGCUCUGAAGUCACAGCAACAACAGCAGCAGCAGCAACAUGGCAGCAAAACGCCAUCAAGUUCGCGUCGCUAUCAUCGCACCAUUCCACGCUACUUUGCCGUCGCCGAUCCACUGCAAGUGGUGAGUGUGAAGCCCAAGCCCAGCUCCAGCGCCAGCAGCAGCAGUGAAGCGGCGUCCAGUAGCAAGAUCAGUAAGAAGCCCAUGUGCCAGUGUCCCAUACAGCAUGUGCCCAUGUCCUACAUGGGCAGUAAUGCCAAUGCCAAUGCAAAUGCCUUCCUCAGCGGCGCGGGCAAACUGUUUGCCGGCAGCAAUGCUUGCGCGUUGUCACCCAGUGCUGGAGCACGUCAUGCCGCCACUUUGGCCUAUGGUCAACGUGCCAAAUCUGCCAGUAAUCUGCAGCAGCAACAACAUGGGCAAGAGUUGCUUAGUUCUGGCAGUAGUAGCUCGAGGAACCCUUGCAGUCAUGAGCCUAAAAUAGCGACAAUCUCAAAACAGGUGGGCGAUGAGUUGCAGCCACAUCCAUCGCAUGCUGCGGGCAGUGUUUCCUCUAUAAUACCGCCGCCACCAUUGCAGCAUCACGACGAUGUCAGUGCGCCACCCAUUGUACUGGGUCGUGUCCAGAAACGUUCAUCAUCGAGCAGCUCUAGCAAUGCCGUUGAUCGCGUACGCAGCUCCAGCAGCAGCGCGGGACGCAGUGCAUCGAGCAGCGCCAACGGUGCUGCUGCUGCUCAAACUGGUGUCGAUGCGCUAUCCAGCGUCUAUUUGAAUCGAAAGGUUGAUGCUUACUUGAGCUUGACACAGAAACAACAGCAACAUUUCUAUAACCAACAACAAGAGUCGCAUGCGCAACAAGCAAACGAUCAAAGCAAUCCAACAUUACCACCGAAACUCUACAAAAGCCUAACGAAUUUAAAAAACAGCAACAACUACAGCGCCAGCAGCUGCAACUGCCACAGCAACAGCUACAAGUGGAGCAGCAGUAACAACAACAACAGCGCUGUCGCCACAAUUUAUACACUGAGCAAGUCGACAAAUAGCAGCGUGCAUCAUCAACAGCGAAAGGAACAAACGCCCACAUUAACACUGCCUCCAGCUAGUCCUUCGGCCAGCUGCAGCGAGAAGUCGAGCGGUAAAAUCAAUUCGAGCACCUUCUAUCCGUUGGCCAACAAUCAUGUUACCUACACGCUGCCCAAGCACAUUAGCGGCAAGAUAUCGCUGAAUAGCACCAUCAAUAGCGUGGUCAGCAAGGUGCCUUCGGUGAUUAGCAUUCCGCCGCUGGAGAACAACAAUGAAAAGGUAUCGGCAAUUAGCAAGAGCACAACACUGCCAAAGAUAUUGCGCGUGAAGCGUGACAGCGAUAAAACAAACAUAACCCCAUCAUCAACAUCAACAACGACAACUGCAAGUGCAACUGCCGCAUCGAGCAGUAGCAUGGCCAUUGCACAUUGUCAGAUGCCUAGCUAUCCAAGGCUCCAGAGCGGACGCGGUGGCACUCCAAGCAAGCAGCUGCCGGUGUGUACCACAUCGAAGAACUGUUUGAAUCCAAAUGAGCAUUUCUUGCCCAACGACACCAGCUUGGAUGAUGAUUAUCUCAGCGAAUGUGAGAAUUGCAAAAUUGCGCAGAGUGCCAAAUACUAUCUGGAUGCUGAGCUAAGUGGCAGUGGCGCCACAACAUCAACGCCGCAGGAGACAAUGACGCUGCAACGUAAAUCUCUGGAGGAGACCAAAGAAGAGCCGCAUGACAGCUAUUAUCGCAGUUCGCACACAUUGCCCAGCAAUGCCAAAAAGCAUGGAGUCAGCAAAAACAAUAAUCGAGAGGCGUGGCAGUUUUCAACGAUACCAGCCGCUAGUUCAUCGGAUGAGGAUGUCAACGAAUGAGAUUUAAGCCAUUUUCUUUAAGAUGCCAAACACCAAUACCCAAAACGCCAAAUUGUGCAUCCUAAAGAAAACGUAGGCUUCGAUUUAAUGACAACAAAUUAAAAUACAAAAAAGGCAAAACAAAUGUAUUCAUCACAACAAACGAGUUACGUUUUGAAAUCAAGUAAAUAAACAAAAUACGGGAAUAUUUCGUGUAUUGUAAAAAUGUUAAGAAUUGCUCCAAUGAAUAUAUGUGUUAGAAUAUAUAGUAUUUAUGUAGAUAUUAGAUAUGAUUAACAUUGGCAUUGGCAUGUAUAAAUUGCUUAUUUCUCCACAUGUAUAUGUAUAUUUGUAUCUUUGUAAGUGAAAUUGUUGCAAAACGAAAAAAGAAAAAAUACUCAAAUUGUUAAAGAUUAUUGUAUGUUUAAUGUAAAGAAGAAAACCUUUAAAUAACAAACUCGAUCCCCCCGGGGAUGAUAGGAAUUAAAAUUUGCAUUAUUGUAGUUGGAUAUUGUCGUUCCACUUGAGGAGUAUUAGUAUGUAUAUAAUUGUAGAUUAACCAAUUCAAAUCAAGUAUUAGAAGUAAAUAAAAAACUCCAAUUUUGCCAAUGUUGCUAUGUAUUAUCAAUAAAUUACAAACAUACGUGCAAGUAGAGCAGAAAGUAUCCCAUUUCUUGUAGGUUAACUACGGAUUCAUUACCAGUUCAUUCCAUACAUACAGAUUGCACAAUGAAAGAUAGAUAAUUAUUAUACACAGUGUUUAAAUGUAAAUGUGAAAUUCUACAACUAGAUUAGUUACAUCAACCAAAGAUUCAGUGUUUGUGUAUUAUAAGGCAUACACAAAGACAACCAACAGCACUUUAAGGUGUUCAAUGUAUUGUACUUUAUGUACAUAAGCAGUAUUGGUAGAUAUUAGUAGAUUGAUUACUUGUUAUAUGAAUGUAAUAUACAAAAAUGUAUGUAUGAAUCAUAAAAUUCUUCUAAUUGUGUUUUAUGAUAUUCAACCUCAUUCCAUUUAAUUUAUUAGAAGACAUCUAUUGAUAAUACCACACAGACUUAUGACAAAUAUUCAAAAUUGUUGUACACAUAUAUGGACGAAUCGAAUCUUUCUUUAGAGCAAGUCCAGCAUUUUUAUCUUGUAAGCAACGCAUACAUAUUGAAAUGUAACCACAAACUAGUUACAAUGAAAAUGUACUUAAUUAAAUAAGUAGAUAUUGUAUUGUAUACAAAUAUGUAAUUCGAAUCGAGAAAGCGACUCUCCAAACAGCAGCUUCAUUGUUGGACUGUCCAAUUGCUGCUGACGCAAAAGUUGCUUUCCUUAAUUAAGCGAUUGUAUUUGCAAACCUAUUUGCAUUGCAAACUAAUGCUAUAUUCAGACUGUGGAGUUUUGAGUUCUGAAAUUCACACAUAGGAAAGCCAAAAGAUAAGAAAAUGCAACGCAAACCGCUAAUUAACAGCUAUAUAAAAUCAUUUCAGAUUAUUGCUCAUUUUAAUUGAAAUUUUUUUUGUAAUCGAGCUUAUUAUCUGACACUAUGUGGAAUGCACAAUCGGGAUUGAGCGAAAAGUUCCUUAGUUUCCUACUAUAUUUCAUAUACUCGUUAUCUGUGCAUUCCGUUGAAUCCUGCUCAAAACUUAAUUGUGUUCAAAAAUCGCUCAAAUAUAUAGGAUAUAUAAAUGAAUUUCAAUUUCAAUUUUUUUAAAGUGUGUUCAACGAAACUACAAAAAAUAUUUCUCUGUUUACUCAACGGAUGGAAUGAAAAUCAAUCUUAACUCUGACCGAAAAAGAUGGCCGGAGAGUAUGACAUGAUGAAAAGAAUUAAAUGUAAUAUUACUCAAACUCAAUAGUAUUAAAUUAAAGUUUCCAGCAAUUAAAAAAACAUAAACACAACGUAUGUAUGUGAAUCGCGACUAAGUACGAAUUUUUAUUAAUUAAGCUAAUUAAAAUUGAAUUAAUUUCAGUAAAAACAAUACCAAAGCUAAAGCAAAAUAUACAUAAACAGUAGUUUAAAAUAAAAUUAGUGUGCACUAGGAAAUAAAUCAAAUCGAUACAAAAAUUAAAAAAAAUAAAUGAGAAAAAAUACUAAAAAAAAGAAAUGUUUCAAAAUAUGUAAUUUAAAAUAAAAAGUAAUAAACGAUAAUGAUGAUGUCAUGUUUCAAAAACGAUAAUGUGAAAUUUGUAAUAAUAAUGCUUAAACAAAUAAAAAGGUCUAUAAUGAAAACGUUGACUAAUUGAUUGUUGAUAAUCACUUCCCCCAACAACGUAUAUCUUUUACUUUCAUUAUCCUUUGUCCAACCCAAAGAUAAAAACAUUUAUUGUUAGUUUAAUUAUAAAAAUGCAUACCAUUUUAUACGUUUGUUUGUUUGUUUUUGUAUUUAAAUCAUAAAAACAAUUUUACGAUGUAUCAGAGUUGUUUUGUUUUUGUUUCGUUUUAUAUAAUAUGUAUGGUAUAACCUAUUAGUUUCUCAUAUGCUUGGAUUUGCUAUUUAUACAUAACAUUUCCCCAGCAUAAAUCAUUUAUAUACAUACAAAAAUUAAAUAAUUUAAGGUAUGUAUGCAUAAAUUUUCAAUAGUUUUGUUUCUGUUUCUUAAUUGUUUGUUUGCUUUUGCUAUCAACGGACGUGAAGGAGGACGACGACGCA